CGCCGCAGCCCUUGACGCAUCUGGAACUUUCUGGAUUUCAACCAAUGGGCAAAUACGUCAAUUGUACGCUCUUCUCUUUUCCCCACACAAUUCCGUUGUAAAUAAACGAAUGACAGAGACGCGGUUGACGGUGAAAUUGCUACCAGAAAAUUUCAUCAAUACAGGAUACCAUUACCGGACUGUGUAUUAAGGUUUCUGUGGUUACGUUGAUGUCAUUCCUACCCGCCAGUGUGCUGUCAGUACUUGUAGUCAGGCUGUCGUGUACAGGCAGCUUGUGGCCAAUGCCACAGGUUUCGACCUGCCCGGAAAAGUAAACUGUCAGCAGCAAGAGGAAAAAGCAAGUUGGUGUAAACAGACCUAUCUUUUCUCCACCUGGCUGUUGGACUGAAGAGGGACUGACUUUGGAUCAUCCAACACUGAAAGCUAACAUGUCAGAGUUAAAUAAAGAUGUGGUGGAUUUGGUUUGGGGGAGACCCUCCAGUGGAGUGUCUGUCUCCAUUUUCCGCAGAUGGGCCCAAGGAUUUGUUUUUAGUGAAAGUGAGCUCACAGCACUGGAGCAGUUUGAAGGAGGGCCCUGUGCUGUAAUUGCACCUGUCCAGGCUUUCCUCCUAAAAAAUGUCCUCUUUAGCAGAGAGAGUUCCAACUGGAGACAAAUGUCAGAGGAGGAGCAGAAAAUGGCACUCUGUUCGACGCUAAGCGAAAUCCUGGAGUCUGUCUGCUCCAGCACCUCCACGGGGUUCUGCCUGGUGACCUGGGCCAAAGGACAGAGCCCACACACUAGCACACAAACAAUCACACAGGCACAGUCGCAAACACAGGACAUGCCAGAGCCAGCAAGCAGUCAGCCACCACAGGAACAGCAACCCACUGCUUUGGCUGCUGAGGAGCUUGGCUUUGAGCAAUUUCACAGUGUUCUCCACAAACGGACGGUCAUGUCAGUGGCCCAUCUCAGAGAGGAGGUGCUGUCUCUCUACCACACCUGGAGGGGGUGCUGUGGAGUCUUGCUUUUCCUUUAUUCUGUCAUCCUCACUAAGGGCAUUGAAAAUAUAAGGAAUGAGAUCCAGGACACAAUGGAGCCUCUCAUAGAUCCUGUACAUGGCCAUGGGAGUCAAAGCCUGGUGAACCUUCUUAUAACUGGUCAUGCGGUCUCUAAUGUCUGGGAUGGAGACAGGGAGUGCUCUGGAAUGAAACUACAGGGAAUUCAUAAACAGGCAUGUGUUGGUUUUCUCACACUGAUGGAAUCACUACGCUACUGCAAGGUCGGGGCAUUCCUCAAGUCUCCAAAGUUCCCUAUUUGGAUCCUUGGCAGUGAAACUCACCUCUCUGUAUUUUUCACCAAGGAGAUGUCACUGGUUGGUCCAGAGUCUCCAUCAGAACAGGCAAGGAGGGUUUUCCAGUCAUUUGAUCCUGAAGAUAAUGGUUUCAUCCCAGAGUCUCUGCUGGAGGAUGUGAUGAAAGCUCUUGACCUUGUCUCAGAGCCUGAAUAUGUGACUCUGGUUAAGAGUAAGCUGGAUCCAGAGAACUUGGGCAUAAUUCUUCUGGGCCCAUUCCUGUUGGAGUUUUUCCCUGAUCAGGAUUCAGGAAUCCCAGACUCAUUUCCCGUCUACCACUACAAUGGUCUUAAACAGUCAAACCACAAAGAGAGGGUCGAGUACGUGGAGGGGACUGCUUUGGUGCUUGGUUUUGAGGACCCCAUGGUGCGGACGGAUGACACUCCAGUGAAGCGCUGCCUACAGACCAAGUGGCCCUACAUCGAGCUCUUGUGGACUACCGAUCGCUCUCCGUCAUUAAACUAGCACUGACACAACAAGCAGCGUGGUCCUGUGUAUGCAGAUGGACCACUACUGUGUCACAGCACGCCUCUCUGCACAAUGACCCCAAAAAGGUCGGCAGGCUACAAAACUGAAACACAUGCAACACAGAUGAAUGAGAACAAGGAAAACAAAAAAAGACACAAAUGCACUCAAGCGAUACAUGUUCAUGGACUAAACAUUAAAGCCAGAGAUCCACUCUGUCAUUCUCACAUUCCACACAAACUCACCUCUACACUUCAUGCUAUUGUCUGUACACCAGUGCUUGUAACUGACACUGAAGAUGUUUAUGAUGUGAUUAUUUAAAACAAAAAGAGUGACUGUUUAUUUUUACAGGUCUGCUCUGUGCCGACACCUGUGCUACAGCUUGGUAGUAAACCGUUAGCAUACUAGUUUGAUUCGACUGGAGCAUGUCAUCAAAUCAAAUGCUGAAUCGCAUGUAGAGCCAGUCGACUGUGAAACACUACUGUUAACCCAGCUAUAGGACUGUUCAAGGGAAAACCUACCAAAGCCUUCCACAUAAGAGAACACAGAGACGGACUGCUUAGAGUUUACAGCGUAAAAGGGACCAACCCGGACGCAGAGAUAUGACAGGAGGUUUUCUGUGUUUUAACCAAGACGGAGCUGGUUUAGGUGCUCUGUGUGAGUGCUUCAUGCACUACACUUGGAUGUUGGACAUGUGCUCAUGUAUUUAUUACCAACACUCAAAAAUUGUGAAAUAAACACCUUUUUUUUUGUUGA